ACACUGAACAUAACGAAAUAUACGCAAAAUAAUACAUAAAUAAAAAACACGACAUGGAACAAGCAAAAAUCAAGUCACGAUUAACAAAAACAAACCAGCUAAAACACAAGAGAUUAACAUGGUCAGAUUAAAAAAUAAGUCAGAAAAAGGAGCUCACGGAUCAAAACCAUAAAUCAUGCUCAUUAUAUCCGAACCGGAUUAUUUUUUACCGAAGGAAAUGUUUAAAAAAGCAUCAAAAGGCUAUAGGGAAGCGCCAUUUUGUGAGGGUACCUUCGAUCAGGGCGGGAAAACAGUAAGGUGGUAACCAAUAGAAUCACUCGCUUUCAAAAGGCGUUCUAAAAUCCAGCCAAUAAGCGAAAAGGUCGAUCCACUCAUGCGCUCUGGCGUCGAUCCAUAGAAUUAUAGAUAUAGCACGGCAGUGUGGGCUUGGCCGCUGCCGCGACAGCACGUGCAUGUCUGUACAAAAACAUUUUUGUAAAAAAAAUAUGUCGAAGUGCCUCAAAAAUUAAAACUAGUGAAUACUAUUUUGGUGUAUUAAGUUAUUUCAACCUUAGUGUUUGGUCUUUUUAAGUGUCCACCUGACAAUAAUAGAGCUUAAUAAUUAUAGUCUUAUAAGGCAUCAAAAUUGCUAAGAAGAAGGUAAAACGUUGUCGCACGGAGUUGGCGGUGAGCGAGGGCGUGAUGGUGAUGGCAAGCGGUGGCGGCGGGCUGGUGCAGUCCCCGCCCGACAUGCUGCAUCACCACAACCUCAUGGACACCUCAAGCCACGUCGAGAUGAUGCCCAAAAAGCUCCGGCUGUCGUUAUGCGUCGGGUGCGGCGGGCAGAUCCACGACCAGUACAUCCUCAGAGUGGCACCCGACCUGGAGUGGCACGCCGCCUGCCUCAAGUGCCAGGAGUGCCGCCAGUUCCUCGACGAGAGCUGCACGUGCUUCGUCAGGGACGGCAAGACCUACUGCAAGCGGGACUACACUAGGUUAUUCGGUACGAAGUGCGACAAGUGCGGAUCGUCGUUUAGCAAGAACGACUUCGUAAUGCGAGCCAAGACGAAAAUCUACCACAUCGACUGCUUCCGCUGCUGCGCCUGCGCGAGGCAACUAAUACCUGGAGACGAAUUCGCAUUGAGAGAAGGCGGUGCUUUAUAUUGUAGAGAAGACCACGAUGUUUUAGAAAAGACUGCGAACACGAGCAGCGGCAGCGGCGCCGAGAGCAACAACAACACCACCCUUAGCAACAACAACUCACACCACCCGCACGAGUUGGGCUCUAUGUCCGAUUCUGGCAGUGAGUCAGGGUCCCACAAAAGCGGCAGGGCGCGGACUAGCGCUGCAGCAGACGGCAAGCCGACGAGAGUUCGCACUGUACUUAAUGAAAAACAACUACAUACGCUUAGAACUUGUUACGCAGCUAACCCACGCCCCGAUGCUCUGAUGAAGGAACAGUUAGUGGAAAUGACUGGACUCAGUCCCAGAGUUAUAAGAGUCUGGUUCCAGAACAAGCGUUGUAAAGAUAAGAAAAAAACUAUACAGUUGAAAAUGCAGAUGCAGCAGGAGAAGGUGGAAGGCCGCCGCAUGGGGUACAUGUCGAUGGGCGUGCCGCUCGUAGCGGGUUCGCCGGUGCGGCACGAGCCGGCGGGCAGCCUGGCGUUGGAGGUGACGGCGUAUCAGCCGCCCUGGAAGGCGUUGUCGGAUUUCGCACUACACGCGGACUUAGAUCGCGCGCCGCAUCACAGCGCGGCUUUUCAGCAGCUUGUAAAUCAGAUGCAUGGUUACGACGUACCAUCGCUGCCACCUCCACGGCCGCCUCACGGUGAGGACAACUACGUGACCUACCUCGAGAGUGAUGACAGCUUGCCGCCUUCACCCUAGUGCACCCUAACGUAAUGGCCGCAAGGCCCUAAAAUCAGUGCUGCCUGACUGAAAAUAAACUAUGCGUUGUACAGGAAAAAUAUUCGGAAAUAGGAUGACAUUAGAUAAAAUGUUAACAGCGCCGACCAAGCAUUUGUUAGAUACCUAUAUCACUGUAUCUUCAGUCAGGCUUAAAUUUCAAUGGACUUUAAAAUUUUAACACACAAGAAAUCAUACAGUUAGCGUUUAAUUUUCGUCUUUGUUUAUGAAAAUUGAAUGUAGGGGAUAGUGCAAGAUUAAUGCUGUAUUCAUUUUUAUAUUCGUGGUUUGAUAAGUGAUUUUGUACUUAAUUAAAAUUUGCUGGUGAUAUCUGUCGUCUGAGUACUUUCUCUGAAGCACGUGAUAACUUAAUUGUUUGACUUAUAAGUCUUAUAACCAAAUACUAAUAAGUAAAAUUUGUAGUACGAGAGCAAUACACAAUAAUAUAUCCUUUGUUAUUAUUGUUGGUAAGACACUACUUAAAGUACCUACUAAAAAAUUUCAACUGUCAAGUUAUUGAGCUUCGCGUGCGUAAUUUUUUUAUCUCAUAGAUAACAUACCCAACGUGUAAGGAAGAAUAAAUUAAAGAAGAAAGUUCACCGGUUACCUAAAUAGGCGACUGUGUCCUCGAAAACUCAAAUAUUCAAUGAUGGCGUUGUCUAGUGACUGUCAAGCAAUUUAGUAUGUUGUAGUUUAUGGCAAAUAUUUUAUACAUUUUUUUCUACUCGUUUCCUUGGGACGUUGUUAUCUAUUGGAGGUUCACCUUAAGACUUCAUUCAUUUUCUCCUCCCUGUCACAGGUUUAAAAUCAUAUGAACUAUUCAAAUCAAAAGAAACAUAAAUUGCAUAUUUGUUAAAAAUAUUCAUAUAUGUUAUAACCUGCUUUCAUGUGAUGUUUACCAUUAGUUUAUUAGUUAUAAAUUAUUUAUGUAUUUUCAUAUUUUGACUAAGUAAUGUGUAUUUUUUACAUAAUUAGACUAAGAUCAAGAUCUGUUAGCCUUUGUCAUGUAUAUAGGUUUUGUGUACAUAAAAUGUAAAAAUUGCAUAUAAUAUACAUAAUUAAAUAAUUACUACUAGCUACUUAAUAAUCAGUAUAACUUAGUUUAAGUGAACCAAAUAAACUGCGUGUUUAAUUGUUCUAAAAAAUAUGACAAUGAGUGUAAACGCCUUUUAAAUUACCUUUUGUUAAAAUAUUUCUGGAACAAAAAAAUCGAUAGAUUAGACAAAAUUUUGUACAAUCUUAUCAUCGUAUAAGCAUUUGGACUUUACAGAAAAACAAACAUUGCUUUGGUUGGUUGUACAAUACAUUCAAACAAUUUUAUAGAGAUUACCAAGAUAUAAUUUAUUUUGUAGUUAAUAAAACUAUACAAUGUACCUACUUAGAUUGUGAGCAUAAUAAUAUUAAAAAAAACAAUGAGUACUUAACUACUCGUUUUCAUAA